AUGAGCGUCCGCGGUUUCUUCGCCUGCCCGGACUCCGUGCAGUCCAUCCUUGAGGUGGACAAGGACAACAAUUACCCUGCCAAAACCAAGGUCGCUUGCACCUUGGGUCCGAACAGCAGAGAUGUGCCCGUUCUGGUGCAGCUGCUCGAUGAGGGCAUGUCGGUCGCAAGGAUUGACUUCAGCUGGGGAAGUCAGGAAUACCACCAAGAAACGCUUGAAAACCUCCGGCAGGCUGUACGGCAGACAAAGAAGCGGUGUGGUGUCAUAAUGGACACCUUGGGACCAGAGAUAAGAGUCACAAACAGAGGGACCGAUCCUAUCCAGCUUGAGGAGGGCGCAACGGUUUCACUAACCUGCAGCCAGUCAGCACAGGCGUCAUCCAAGGUCCUGCCAAUCUCUUGCCCUACAUUUGAUUGGUUUGAUGUGAGGCCUGGUUCUCCAGUGUUCAUUGGGCAGUACCUGUUCACAGGCAGCGAAACAACAUCUGCAUACCUGACAGUGCAAAAGGUGACAAAAGACACUCUUGAAUGCACUUGCAACAAUGCUGCUGUCUUGGAGGGUCUGCGGCUCAUCGUUCACUUUGCAGGAGCACCUUCAAAAGGCCCCAUCCUGUCAGACAGCGAUGUUGAAGUCAUAAAAAGCUGGGGACUGCACAGCAAAGUGGAUUUUCUGUCUCUGUCUUUCUGCCGAGGAUCAGAUGAUGUGAAGACGUGCAGGGAGCUUUUGGACAGCUGUGGACUGGCUGGCACAAAGAUCCUUGCAAAAGUUGAGACAAGAAUGGGCCUUGCGAAUCUCACAGAUAUUCUGUCAGAAGCGGAUGGCAUCAUGUUGUCAAGGGGGCAUUUGGGAGUUGAGAUCGACGCUGAAAAGAUGUGCCGGAUUCAGAAAGUCGUGAUUCAGGAGUGCAAUCAGAAAGGCAAACCUGUGAUAGUGACCCGUGUGCUUGACACCAUGACGGGUGCCCCUCGACCAACACGAGCUGAGGCAACAGAUGUUGCAAAUUUGGUACUGGAUGGUGCGGAUUGCAUCUUGCUGGGGGCAGAGACUUUCCGAGGGGGUUACCCGGUGGAAACGGUGAAGACCUUGGUGGCCAUCUGCAGACAGGCAGAAAAGGCUUUUGACAGUGAGGCCUUUUAUCAGUCACUGGUGGAAGAUACAACGGGGCAGGAAGGAGAAUGGCACGGCAGCACGCUUGAGAGUCUUGCGUCGUCAGCUGUUCGCGGCGCAGUCAAGCUGAAUGCUGCGCUUAUCAUCGCCUUCACCAUUACCGGUCGAACAGCCAAGACUCUGGCCAAGUACAGGCCACCCAUGCCGAUCCUCUCUGUGGUUUUCCCACGGCUUCACACAAAUGCAUUGAAAUGGACCUUUACUGGGGAAGCCGAGGCCCACCAGAUCAUGAUAAGCCGUGGCGUUUUUCCCAUGCUGGCUGAUCCCAGUCUGGGAGGAAUAGAAGGGGACGCCAUGGAAGGGUCCAUGUUGAGCAGGGCCAUUGCACAUGCAUCGAGCAUGGAUUGGAUAAAACGCGGUGAUCGGAUCGUGGUGAUCCAGUGUCCAAGGAAGAACGAAGAUUACAACUUCAGGGAAUCAGGGGUGGUCAAGUUCUUGACAGCGACUGAUGAGGUGUUGGAGGCAGCUGUGAGCACAUACGAUGCACACAACGCCUCGAUUGAAGCGGUUCGGCAGCGCCUCUUUCGGUUGCAGAGCAAAAAGGGUCCAGCUGAAAUUGAAGCCGUGCCCAGGAGCCUUGCAGUUGAGGAGCAUACAGUAACCAGCUUUCCCAUUGGGGGCAUGGGUGGCGAAGGAUCCAUCAGGGCUUCGAGCGCGGACGAGGAGAGCAUAUUGAGCACAGAUAUUGAGUCUGAUGACGAGGCUGUUGCAGUGCGCAGACUGUGA